AUGGCCGACACGACACGAACCCAGAUGGCGACGCUCCGCCAGCUUACGAAGAUCAUUAACGACUCGCUGGACACGAUUGAGGCUACCUACACCACCGCCGGAGUGCAUCUCCCGACAUUGAAUACCCCCAGCUUCUCGCCCACAGACCCAUCCGAAGCGCUCCGGGCAGACCCUGCAGUGGCAAAGGCCACGCUCGACGUCAUGGCCGCCGCUGCGCAGCUCUCCGCCGAAGUCUGCAGUCCACUCACAAUGAUGCUCAAUGCUUCCCAAUCGUUCUACAUUGCGUCUUGCCUGAACGUCGCGUCCGAGCUCAACGUCGUCGAGAUCCUGAAGGAGUAUGGCACGAAGGGCCUCCACGUGAAUGAGAUCGCGGCUCGGUGCAAGGCCGAGCCUGGACUGCUUUCGCGAAUUCUGCGCCUGCUCGCCACCCACCACGUUUUUCGCGAAGUCACACCCGAUGUGUUUGCCAACAACCGCAUCUCCGCCGUCCUCGACAAAGGCCAGUCCGCCGCGGACCUGUUUGCCAAACCCGAAGACCGUUUCAACAAGGCCACGGGCGUAAUCGCGCUCGCCGAGUUCUUCUCUAACGACAUCCUGCGCUGCUCCGCGGAAUUGACUGCCACCAUUCUCGACCCCAAGCCAAACGUGUACCCCUACAACCGCGCAUUCAACACCGACCUCCCGAUGUACUACUUCCUUCAGCGUCCCGAGAACGCAUACCGGUUGAAGCGCUUCGCACUGGGAAUGCAGGGCACGGAGACAACGGGCAGCCUUAGCGAGGGUGUCCUCGGUGGGUUCGACUGGGACUCGUUGCCCACCGGCGGCGUUGUUGUAGACGUCGGGUGCGGCAAUGGCCAUGUCUCGCUCAGCGUCGCGCAGAAGCACCCCAAACUGAAGAUCAUCAACCAGGACCUGGAGAUGCAGGUGGCGCAGGCCAAGCAGCACUGGCAAACCGAACUGCCCUCCCACGUCGAGAACCAGCUGGUCGAAUUCCAAGAACACGACUUCUUCAAGCCGCAGCCCGUGAAGAACGCGGAUGUCUUCAUGAUGCGCUUUAUCGCUCACAACUGGGACGACGCCAAGCUUGCACAUAUCCUGCAGAACCUGCGUGACGCCGCGAAGCCCACCACAAAACUCGUUAUCCUCGACAAGAUCCAACUCUUCGCAGCCCGUGCGCCGGCCGGGGGAGACGCCACCCUCGUCCUUGACGCCGGCGCGCCGCAGGCCCAGGAGCCGCUCUUGCCCAACUGGGGCAUCGGCAACACUGAAUAUUAUUUCUUCGACAUCGGGGUCCACAUAAUGCUCGGCGGCGGGGAGCGCACACUGCCCGCCUUCGUCGCCGUGCUUGAAAAGGCCCAUUGGCGCCUGGAGAAGGUGUACCGCCCGAAGGGCUCCCACCAGCCGCAUCUUGUUGCUGUGCCAAUUUAA